CACAGAGAGAGAGGGAGAGGACCUAACUGGUUGGGCGAAUGCUGCCGGCAUAACCGAAGUUCCUGAGAUCCGAUAUUAGUCGUACUUUGUCACUCGAUCGGUCACCGCGUCGUCGAAGUCGUCGUCGUUGUCCACUUGCCGCCAAAUCGGUUUGCCUGCUGGUGGUGCUUGGGUAUUGGACAUCGCGUCCGGUGCGGAUGAGGAAGGGGAGCAGGCGGCUGAGGAAGCAGCUCCCGCGGCAUUUGCGAUCGCGCUCCAUCGAUCCGCCAAUUAAAGAGUGGAAUCUGGCGCUUUCUUCGCUGGAAGACGAUCAUGUAAAGGUCACAGGUCAAGAACGGAAACUGUAGUACCAAAAAAGAAGAACUCGGAGGUCGACUAGUCCUGCUGUAGCAUCAGCAACUGAUCCGUGGCGUCUAGUUCAGCAUGUGAUCGGAGUGGAGGACCAAGCCGCCGGAAAUGCUGAAGCACGCCUCGACGACGAGCAGUACCGCUGCGACCAGCGCCACCAGCGCUGCAGUGGCGAUCAACCCGCUGUCCACGCUACUGGUCAAUAGCUGCAACAGUAACACCAACACCAACAGCAACAGCAACACGAACAGCAACCCGAACAGCAACAGCAGCAGCAACAACCACACUGGAGGCAGCGGCAGUGGCCACAACACACCCCCAGCGUUGGAAGCGGAAGCAGGCAUCGGAAUUGGAAUUGCAACCACCGCGACCGCCGCGACCACAGCAGGCACGGUCGGCACCACCACCAAUGGCAACGGUGGCUCACCGACCCCAGCAGCAGCUGCCGUGGCUAGUACCGCGCGCAACAUCCAUCUGCGACCGCCGCAGCCGCUCAAUAUAUCCGCCCUGAAUGCAUCCAUUUCAAGCACGCUGCUCAACGAGGCCACAGGUGGCAUUGGCGGAGGAGUAGCAGGAGUUGCAGGUGGUGGACGUAGUUGCGCGGGUAACGCCAACUCCACGCUGCUGAAUAUUGCCACGCCCAGUACGCCGAUGAAACCGCUCACCCCACUCACGCAGUUGACCCCCAACGGGCACUUUCUGGGCAACGGAAGUGUCCACCAUCACACCUACACCAACCAACACAUCCUGGCCAGCCACCAGCAGCAGCAACAACAGCAACAACAGCAGCAACAUCAUCACCAUCAGCAGCAGCAGCACCAAAUGCAAACAAACCAUGCGCAGGCGCAAACUCAGACACACAAUCUCAGCCAGUUGCCGCACAACAAUAGAAACUACAGUCACCUGAGCGCGAAUCCCGUGCGCCACAAGCUGCCCAAGUCGGGUCCUUCGCCCCGCGAGGCUCUUACCAGCCUGGGUCUGCUCUGCCUGAUUUCUCUGCUCCUGGCGCUGCUCUCGCUGAUCUUCCUCCUGAGAAUAUCGCCGAAUGGACGCGAGGACGCCGUGGGUCGGGGCGCUGGCGGUGAGGACUUCAUUGUGGUCUACGACGUCACCCUGGCCCUGGGCGCCCUAUCCCUGUCGCUGAACCUGUGCUGCCUACUGGUUUGCGCCAUCCAGUUCCUGUUCGCCGUUAAGCUGCGCGAGCCGGCCUUCGAGGGUCGCGAUAACCAGUACCUGGUCAAGUCCAGUGCCAGCCGAACGUGCGCCGUCAGCGGCUUCUUCAUCUCCAUACCGGUCUUCCUGACCGGCCUGAUCCUGUACACCUUUAGCCACUUCCACUCGACGCCGGCGAUCGUGACCAGCCUGCUGAUUGGCGUGGGCAUAGUCUUUUGCGGCGGCGCCAUGGUGCACAACGUGUUCGUGUGGCAGCGCGAGAAAACCAUCAGCUACCGUGGAGCUCCGCUAUCCCACAACUUGUCGGUGAUCUCGGCUGGCCAGGUGCCGGUGACGCUGCCAGUGCCAAUGCAACUGCCACCAGGUCCGUUUCACACGUACCAGGCCGCUCAUCAGGGGCACCAGGGUCACCUGGUGCCGCCCUCCGUGACGGCGGUCUCGCCCAACCACUCUCACGGCAGCUUCAACCCACUGCUCCUUGGUGGAGGCGGCGGUGGCGGCUGCUGCGGAGGUGGAGGCGGACCAGUGGGUGCCGUUAACUCAUCCUUUCUGAUGCGUCCAUCCACUGCCACACCCCCGACGCCCACGCCCAGGACACUGGCGAAUAGCAGCUGCCUAACAGCUGGUUGCGAGGCUAGCGGAUCGGUCAGCCCCGGGAUUCCGCCAACGUUGGACAUGAGCAACAUCACCGUCCUGCUGCACGAGCUCUCCACGCUCGUCUAGAUCCGCCAGAUCUGCGAAGUGGAACGCACAGACUUAUGACAGACGAUACCCACCGCCCGCACGCAUCUUGCCGCAUCCUAGCUAUUAGAACGCCCCUUGUAAAUAUCUGUACAUAUGCCUCCGAACGAAUACAUCUGUGUAAGCAAAAGCGAUUCCGAACUGCAUUGCCAUUGUAAUUAAAUGUAGUAACCAGUUUGGUGCUUCUCCAUUUCCGCUUCUCGGAACUUUGGAUCCG